UUCAAGUUGUGCACCUAGACAAUUGUAGCUCCGGCGAUAACUCGACAGAAAUAACUUGUCAGAUCGAUGAUGCUGCUCAGAUCAAUCAGAGAAGAGCCCUAUCAUAGAUCAAGUCCAUCCUCCAAAGUCAGUUCAAGAGAUCAAAAGAUGGCAAUUCGAUUGGCAUCUUUUCUAUGGUCGUUCUCGGCUACAAGGCUUCCUUUGAGAAAUCCCUCGAUGCUGUUCUUUCAAAGUUACAGCGGGAUGUUGCAUGGUUUAAUGGCGACGCUUCUGUCAAUUUCCUCGACGUUGAGACUUCAGGUGGUGAUGCUACCGACCUAUCUAUCAUUUCUGCAAUUAAAAUAUUAGCAUCUAGCAGCUCGCGUGGUUCUGUUACCUCGCUCAAUGAUAUUUGGACCCUUUGCAACUUACAGUCUGACGACUUGAAGUCACCAUCUCACGACACAAACAUCCCACAAUCUCAAACACAACUUAGUAUACGCUCACAUCUUAGAGCAAAGAAACCAAAAGUCAAGAUUGCGCUUUCGUUUGAUUACGACGCGUUAUCAGCUUUUCUAGGCACAAGAGAACAUCCGGACAAUAACCUCGCAGACUAUAGCAUUGGUGUCUUCUCCAGGCGCGUUGGCGGCCGCCGGCUACUACGUAUAUUGAAGAAAUAUCAAAUUGCAGACAAGGUCACAUGGUUCAUACCCGGCCACACUAUGGAGACCUUCGAAGCUACAAUCAAAGAGAUCGUCCAAUCCGGCGCAGAGAUUGGACUCCACGGCUACGCCCACGAAGGCGCCUAUCAGAUGAUGCCGGAACAAGAGCGCAACGUCUUGGCGAAGUGCAUGCAAGUAUCGGAGCGUGUGACCAGUAGAAAGGUACAAGGGUACCGCGCUCCCAUGUACCAGCUGCGCGAAACGACGAUCGAGCUCCUCAAAGAAUCUGGGUUCCUGUACGACUCGUCCUUGAGCCACCACAACUCUCAACCCUACUUCACGCCCAACAAUCCACCCGUCGAGUGCAUCGACUUCUCCAAACCGGCGAGCAGCUGGUUAAAGCCGAGGCCGAUAAGCGACAUGGACGUAGUACUGCCCGUAGCAUUGCACUCACCCAACAGUGAAGAUAUGAUGGGACUACAUCAUUUCCCACACGUUGCUAACACUAAUGGACAAGUCGAUGCUUGCGUUAUUGAGCAGCGCUGGAAGAACACUUUUCUGUGGUUGUGCGAGAACAGCGAGGCCGAGUCUGAUGACGGUAGCUUCAUUUUCCCGCUUCUCAUGCACCCGGACUCCAGCGGACUGGCACACGCCAUGACCAUGGCGGAUCGUUUCAUCGGCUGGCUGCGAAGCUUGGGAGGUUCAGUUGAGCCUCAUACGUAUGAGAGCAUAGCGCACGACGUUCUUCGUAAGAAGGGCGUUAAUAAUGACAACAUUUCCAAGUAG